CAUAUGAAUCCAGUCGUCAGAAAGCAUGCUGACGGUAUAUAUUUUCUAGAGGUUGUUACAUUCGACCUGGAGAAAUAUAUUUAUAGUGUAGUAACAAUACUUAAAAGUGGAAACAAGUUCUGUAAUUUUUCUUGCAAGCGAAUGAAGAAUGGAAUGACGAGCUUUUAUUUAGUCAGUUGAUUGCACGUUUGAUCCACAUUAUAUAAUUUUAGAAGACCUCUCUAUCAUACUUAAAUAUAUUUUUUCCUGAAAAAAAUCAUAAGCAGUCGCAGUGAAACGCAGUGAAAUCCAGAAAAAGGGAGUCAAAUGGAGUAAUGAGUGAUUAAUGAGCGUUGAAGUGCGAAUGUUUACUUCCAUUAGGGUCACCGGUAGAUGUCGGUCUGAUCAAAGGUUAUGUUGUCAAUAUUGUCCAAUCAACAGAGACUUGUUAAUAGCGCGGCUUAUUUGAUGCGAUCUUUUGGUGGGAAACUUCAAGGCGCCCGAUCGCAAAGCUGGACAGGACGGAAAAAAUUUCUGGGGAAGAAAGAUAAAGAAAAAAUGUUGGGAAGAAAACCAUUGAAACAGAUCGACAGCAAUGUUAUGGGAAACAAACUGAAUGACAUAGGUGCCUUGCUUCCAAAAGGGAAAAAGUAUACAGUCUCGGUAGAGGGUAAUAUUGGCUGUGGGAAGACUACAUUAUUAGAGUACUUCAGAUCAUCUCCUAAUGUUGAGGCUAUAAGAGAACCAGUUGAACAGUGGACAAAUAUACAAGGACAUAAUGCAUUGGCUUUGUUGUAUGAAGACCCACAGAGAUGGAGUUUUACAUUUAAUUUGUAUGCACAGUUAACCAGAAUACAGAUGCAUGUCAAGCCUCAUAUGAAACCUGUAAAAAUGCUGGAGAGAUCUCUUUAUAGUACUAGAUAUUGUUUUGUAGAAAAUGAUUUUAGAAACAAAACAAUAAAUGGUAUGGAACUUGGUAUUUUAAAUGGAUGGUUUGAUUUUUUAAUGGAGAGAGAAAAUACGUCAUUAGACCUCAUCAUAUACCUCAGGGCUGAUCCACAAGUAUGUUUCAACAGAAUAAAGAAAAGAUCAAGGAAGGAGGAGUGUUGUGUUCCAUUUGAAUUAAUCCAGUCUUUACAUGACUUGCACGAAGAAUGGUUGAUACAACACAAGAAAUUUAAACUUCCAGCCCCUGUAUUGGUGCUUGAUGCAAACAAAGAAUACUCAGAGAUAACACAACUGUAUGAAGAUAAAAGGCAAGAAAUUCUAUGUGGAUUUCACUGAUAGGAGUCAAGAUGUGUAUGAUUGUCAGAUGAAUAUGUGUGUAUGCAAGCAGUGCAAUAGUUAUGUCAUUUUAGUGUCUAAUGUUAUAUUUGAUUGUCAUGUUGAAUGGAUUUAUAUUUAUGAUUGUUAUGUUGCAUGUGGAUGUUUUGAUUAUUUAUUAUUUUAGAAUACCCAGGAAUAUUAUUUAAAUUACCAGUGUAUUUUAAAGAGUAGAAUUCGAACAUGUCUGAAUUGCUCUAUCAAGAUGUU